AUGGGCUGCUCCAAAGAUAAUAGCAUGAAUGAUCGCUCGUACGCCAGGCCUCUCUCAUCACAAGAUCACUGGCCAGAGCAACAUUGGUGGUAUGCAGAUCGCGCAGUACCUUGCACCAACGAUAAAGUUUCAUAUGAAUACUUAGAUCUGGUCUACUCGGCACACGAUUUAAGUAUUCUCUAUGCUAGCAUUUCGUCUGCAAGACUUCGCCGUACUGUCGGUUCUGCUAUCAGGUACUUUCUCCUCCGAGACUCUAUUCGCUCGAUAUUCGGGCGUACCACUCGCUUACAGGUCACCGUUCUCCUAAGUCUAAUUGGUUACCUCAUUAUCUGGUUCUUUGUCGGCCUUACAUAUCGGACCUGGGUGACACCCGUCAAGAAUCUCCCGGGCGUUUAUAAUACCCGUACUACACUUGGUCCAUGGUCCGAUCAUAUUGGUGUUCUAGCCUACGCACUUACAGCGUUAUCGGCGAUGCUUGCCAAUCGGGAAUCUGCGCUGUCUUUUCUGACGAGAGUAUCAUACCAGAGCUUCAGCUUUUUACACCGCUGGCUAGGUUAUAUUAUAUUUGUUCAAAGUGCCUUACAUACAGUCGGUUGUUGUGUCGUUGAGAUUCGCCUCCACCAACCGCAGCCUCUCGUGGCGCAGCACUGGGUCGUCGAAACAUAUCUCGUCUGGGGAAUCGUCUCGAUGACGAUUCUCGCAUUACUUGUUGGAUUGAGUAAAACGUGGGGCAUUCGUCUUACUGGAUAUGAAGCUUUCCGCAAGCUUCAUUACAGUCUGGCUAUGGUAUACAUUGGAGCCUGUUGGGGCCAUUGGGAUAAGCUCAAAUGCAUUAUGCUACCCUCUCUUAUUUUCUGGCUCAUUGAUCGCGCCUGUCACCUCAUGAGGACAGGUCUCCUUCAUUAUCACAUUCUCAACUCCGGGCAUGUAGGAUUGCGAACCUACCCCGAAUAUGGAGAUGUGUACCGGCUUGAUCUAGCAAAUAAUCAAGAUCCUUGGGCAAUCGGCCAGCAUUAUUACUUAUGCUUUCCUGAAAGCAUUGAAACUGGACUCGUGAAGCACUCAUACAUCAUUCGCACAAAACAUGGAGAGACCAAAAACUUUGCUCAGCUCUGUGCAAGCAAAUUGAGCCCAGCAGUGUGUCCAGAUAUUAAAACCACACCAGUAAUAUUGACUGGUCCGUAUGGAUCACACACUAUGGACAACAUCGAGCCUCACAGCAAUGUUCUCUGUGUUGCAGGGGGCACUGGUAUCACCUACGUUUUGCCAAUAUUACUUCAGCAUGCACAGUCUCUGCGUCCUGUGCGAGCUAAAUAUAGUCUAAUAUGGAGUAUCAAGGAAACAAGAGAUCUAAAAUGGGUCGAAGCAGAGCUGAACGCCCUUCAACAAGCUCCUGAGGACAUGAAUCUCGACAUCAAUAUCUUCGUCACUCAGGUGAAAGAGGUAACAAGUAUCGAAUCAUCUGGCACGACAGAUGGCAGGUCCCGGAGCCUAUACCUACAUCAAAGCGAUGGGAUCAAUGGCUAUCGGCGCCGAGAUGUUGCUAACUUCAUUGGCGACUUCCUAGAGAGCACAAUUGAUGGACCAACCAUAGUAUUUUCUAGUGGUCUGGGAGUAAUAAUUAGCGAUGUUCGUGGGGCUGUCGCAGGCUUUAAUUCUCCCAGUAGAGUAUGGUGUGGACAACAACGGUACGACUUAGAAUUUGUUGGCGAAGAUCGCAUGGAGAUUUAA